AACACCGCCACGUCUUUCGUCCACCACCACCACCUUCCUCCUCACCUUCAACCGGAAGAGAAAACAAAGAACUGCAGCUUCUCCAAUCUCCAUCCACCUCAUAUUUGAUGUCCAUGGCUAAGCAUCAAUUGGACAUUGCUUCCUUCCUCAUCAUCUUCUCAGCUCUGUCGACUUUCUUCUUCUACCCAGCUCUGUCACAGCCACAAGCUUCGCCAUCACCAGCCGCGCCAGUGACUCCGGCUGCGCCGGCACCUGCCUCCGGCCCGCUGAAUGUGACGGCUAUUCUUGAGAAGAACGGGCAGUUCAGUACCUUCAUACGCCUGCUUAAGAGCACUCAAGUUGGCGAUCAGCUCAUCAACGAACUCAACAACUCGAACCAAGGGAUGACCAUCUUUGCACCGACCGACGAUGCCUUCAACUCCCUGAAAUCCGGCACCUUGAACUCCCUCACUGACUCGCAGAAAGUCUCUCUGGUUCAGUUCCACAUCGUCCCUCAGUUCCUCACCGCGGCUCAGUUCCAGACGGUGAGCAACCCCCUGAGGACUCAGGCUGGCGGCGCCGACGGCCAGUUUCCGUUGAACAUUACGACCUCAGGCAAUCAGGUGAACAUAUCCACCGGCGUUGAUGAGACCCAAUUGGAUAACUCGCUCUACUCCGCCAAUUCCUUGGCGAUUUACCGUGUGAACAAGGUGCUGCUUCCGAUUGCCUUCUUCGGGACGCCGUCGCCGGCUGAAGCUCCGGCGCCGGCUGCAGCAGAGAAGAAGGGAAAGAGGGCAACGGAUGACAGCCCGUCAUCAUCAUCGUCGACGUCGUCUGACACGCCUUCUGAUAAUUCAGGGGCCCUUGGAGGCAACCACAAGGUGGUGAGUGGGGUGGUAGUAGGUGCCGCCAUUACAGCAGCAAUGUGGUUGUGAUCAGAUUUCAUAUCUUCACAGACUUUUGGAUCAUAGAUCUUCAAGGAGGAGGUGCACACUACACAUUGAUUGUUCUGCUUCCCCUCUUCCUCUUUAAAGCCAAAAGAUAUGGAUCAAAUUGCUGGUAGGACAUUGUUAGAGGUGGUGUUGCAGAAUGGGUGAUGCAUGGUGGCAAUUAUUGUCUGUUUGUGAUGGAUUAUUCUUCUCGCUUGUUUCGUUUGGGAGCUUUGUAAUUUGUUCUUUUUUCUUGUUCUCUUUGUGUUGAUAUCGAUUUUUGUUGGUGUAGUAUGUUUGUGAAAGGAUUCAUGGAGGUCCAUUUUUUUGCUGAUUCAA